AUGCUCCAGGUCAUGUGGGCGGUGAUGAUGGCAACGGGUAUCGCGUUUGAUCUCGACGAGACUCCACCAUCGAAUCUACUGACGGUGAUGAUCGCGGUGGAUCUGAUCCCGGCUGUCGGAUCACAGGGCGUUCCACAACGGGAACGGGGGACGGAGACGGGGACGGAGACGGAGACAGUGCUUCCAGCUUGCCGCCGUGACACGCCGGCUCACUCGGACAAUGUCUGCUUCUGCUUCAUGCUGUCAGGCAAGGGACAUUGUUGGCCCUUCGGCACAGGUGGCAUAAACACCACGGCUGAAUCUGGGGUGCUUCCGCCGUCAUACAGCAUGGUGUCCUGGCAGUUACAGAUUUUCGGCAUGCUGCUCCGUACCUUGUGUCCAGCAGCUAUCCUCGCACCCCCAGUCGGCUUGGCAGUCAGGGUCCUUGCCUCUGUCAGCACUCCUGCGUGUGAAUACCUGGUAGUAAACUGCUGGGUACUCCGUAUUGACUCUGCUGUGUGGCGGCAGUACAACUCUUUCGCCGCACUCAUUCCGCCGCCUACUGGGAGCAUCCGGAUGCUUGUCCGUCCCUGGUCAACGCCGCUGUCAGACUGGAAAAUAUGA